UGCAGUUUAAACGUGGCUAGAACUUGUCGGCAAUUGACAAAUUGCUUUGAAAGUGGAUAAAUUAAUUUAGGAAUAAAAUGACAGCUGAAAUAAAUAAAGGCCCCCUUUUGGGUGUACGGCAUUUGCAGGCACUGUUAAUUUUUAUAACCAUAACUUCGGUCUAUAUAGGCCGCCUUAAUGUGGGCGUGUCUGUGGUGGCGAUGACUAAUGCCGAGUCCACGAAUCCCAAUUUUCCGGAAUACAACUGGACGGCAGCGGAGAAGUCAUACGUAUUGUCCAGCUUCUAUUGGGGCUAUGUUAUCACCCAGUUUCUGGGCGGAUAUCUGUGCAAGCAGUUCGGAGUGAAGAGUGUCAUGUUUUGGGCCACCUUCAGCUCGGGAGUGUGCAGUGGCGUGACGCCCCCUUUAAUUGUUUGGGGUGGUUGGGGUGCGUACUGCGGCAUCCGUGUGCUCAUGGGCUGUGCCCAAGGCCUGAUCUUCCCCUGCAUUCAUCAGCAUUUGGCACGCUGGUCUCCGCCAGCGGAGCGCAAUCGCCUGGGCGCCUUAAGUCACACGGGGAUUGAGUGCGGAAAUGUGUUGUCCAUGUUUGUGAGCGGCAUGAUUGCCAAUGGUCCGAUGGGCUGGCCUGGAAUCUCUUACAUCUCUGCUGGCGUUGCCUUUGCCUGUUGCGUUCUGUGGUUCAUCUUUGCAUCAAAUAAUGCCACCGAAUCCCGUUUCAUUGGCGAUGCCGAGAAACACUAUAUAGAAACAUCCCUUCAACAUGGUGCAAACUAUCACAAGGCUGUCAUUCCCAUUCCUUGGCGAGCUAUUUGGACCUCGGUGCCAUUCCUGGCUCUUCUCGUGACCCGCUGUGCGGAGAGUUGGGGUCUUAGUACGCUUCAGGCUGAAAUUCCCGCUUAUAUGAAAGGAGUUCUGCUAAUGGACAUCAAGGAUAAUGCUCUGUUCUCUGCCCUGCCUUUCCUGGCCAUGUGGGCCAUGUCCUAUGUGUACCUGAUCUCCUCUGACAUACUUCUGUCCAAGAUAUGGCUUUCUCUAACCGCUAUACGCAAAACCAUGAAUUCAUUUGCAUUUUGGGUACCGGCUGUCACACUUAUUGGCAUUGGUUUUCUGGAUGUGGAUCAAAAGACGUUGGCCAUUGUCUUGAUGACCCUCAGCGUGGGCUUCAACAGUGGCGCCACCAUUGGCAGUUCCCUAAACUCCAUAGAUCUGUCACCCAAUCAUGCCAGCAUCUUAAUGGGCAUCAUUAAUACUGCGGCGAAUGCGGUGCCCAUUAUCACUCCUUUGGUGGCAGGUGCAAUUGUCACAGAUGAUAACGAUCGCACACAGUGGCAAAUAGUAUUCAUAAUCUCCUCUGUAAUAUUCUUUGUGUUCAAUUGUAUAUACUUGGCAUUCGGCACGGCCGUGUCGCAGCCCUGGGAUGCCGAGGACUUCCUUCUGGGUCCGCAGCCCGAGCUGGCAAAACCUCCAGUGAUAAGCACCUCCGAUAUGAAAAAGGCGAUCAGCAGUUAACCGGAACCUAAAAUCCCAACAAUUAACAACGAGUAUUAUUUUGAAGCACAUAAUAAACUUAUAAAUAAUAUUAUGCGAUAUGCUUCAAAUGAUAAGCCAAAAAAUACCCAAAAAACAAUAUUUUAUGUACUCAACUUUCGCUAUAUUUAGAGUAGCACUCUUUUUUGUCAAGUACGUGUAGUUUAGUGUGUAAUUUUCUAAUAAAAUAAUCUAUUAAAUCGGA